AUGCCAAAAGAACCAACCGGGGACCCGAAGUCCCAUCCGACCUCCGAGUUUGCCAACGGCAUCACUGGUUCCUGCCUCUGUGGAAGCAUCACGGUCACCAUCAACGACAAUGAACUCUUCUCCAAACAGAGAGGCCACCUCUGCCACUGCGCCAAUUGCCGCAAGGUGGCCGGCUCGUACGUCUCAUCAAACCUCCUGAUCGAAGUGGGUAAAGUCGAGAUCAAAGACAAGAACGGCACGAAGAAGACGUACGAAGAUCGGGAAACUCUCAGCGGCAACCCAGUCUACAGGAGCUUCUGUUCGGAGGACGGAAACCCCAUCUGUUCGGAGACGUCAAACUACCCGGGCAAGAUCAUCAUGAAGCUCGGGAUGUUCCCACGCAUCCCGCAGCCGGAGGUAGAAGGUUUCGGGCUGCACAAGCAUCCAUGGGAGGGCGGUCACGAUGGCGUUCAGGUCUAUGAGAUGAAAUGGGCUGGUCCUGACAAAAAGCCGAUGGCUUGA